ACUUGUUAGUUCUCGUCAACAUGCGCGCGCGUUAGGACCAGCAUCCUCUCUCAGAAUUGUCAGAAAUACCAGAUCACAGCUCUAGGGUUUUAAGUAGGGUUUUGAACUCAAAGACCACAAUUUCAGCAUAUUAAUCCAAUAAUCUCACUUGCCUGAUUUGGUUGAAGGCACAGAAAAAUGGCUGGAUUCAGUGGUCUCACAACUAAGGGCAAGAACGGCAUUGUUGCUGGUGGCUUGACAGCAUUUGUCGUUGGGGUGUAUAUCUACACCAUGAGAGCUGUUGGAGGCACAGAUGAAAUCCAGGUAGCUAUCAACAAGUUUGAGGAGGAGAAAGCCAUGAAAGAGGAUGCACCCAAGGCCUGAUCUUAUUCAUGUAUACUCCCUUUCAUUCUUGUAAUAAAGCACACAAUGGCAAGCUGUUUUGUUCUAUGAGAAACACACCCUCUUUUGUAUUUGAAUACCUAGGAAGUAAGAACAACUUAAACUUUUAAUAAAUCUUGUUAUUAGCUUUGGUUUACAGUUU